AGGUGAGCGAGCGCGCGGACGGAAGGUGUGUUGGGUGUUGGUUUUUAAUUUAUGUGAAUGCAGCGAAUCUACCUGGACAGGUUGGGUUGGUUGUUUACACGUUGCGAUAGCGGCCACUCAGUUCUUGUUCAACGUUCGUUUGGCGUAGUCAGAGUGAAGGUAGUCCCCGUGCGUUCGUUUCGCUGUGUGAUAGUUUUUUGUGGCUGUUGGUACUGCUGCUGUUGUUAUUGUUUUAGCGGUGCAUCGUCACGCGUGAAAGCGUCAAACGAUAUAAACGAUCAGUUUUUUUUGGUGGUCUGGAAUCGAGCCUGGACGUUGAAGGAACAAUCUUUUUAUGCUGAAGCGUAAUCGGUAUCGCGCUUGACUACGCGCAUGUGCAGCGCAGUUCGGUGUAACGGUUUCGUGCGAAGACACAAUGCACAAAUAAUGCAAAUGCUGUUCGGCGGUGUGUUUUCCCUUUGUUUGGCGGAGAGCUUUGUUGGUGCCAAUUCGGGAACCCUGUUGUUAUGUGUUGUGUUGCUGCCGUCGUCGCCGUCGUUUUGUUGAUGCCUCGAAAAUAACUCAUCCAAUUCGUUUUCAAUUAGCCACGGUACGGCUGUUCGGCUGGAGUCCUCUCUGCCUCUACCAAACUCGCUAGUGUCUACCGAGGGAGUGAGUUCGCCCAAAAUAACAAUUGUACGGAAAAAAGUGCCUUCCAGUGCCCAUGAAUAAUUGCAGCCUUUCAGAGUGGAAUUAAUUGGAUAUUGAUGACAACUCAAAAAUAACAGUGCCUCUUCGCAUUGAAGACAGCGUGGACCUUGAAACAGUUUUAGCGGAGGAAAAGUGACACCCUCGGAAGAAGAAAAACCCCAUCUAACCUUCGUUGCAAAGCUCAACAAAAAACACGUGAACGUCUACCGGCAGGUUCGGGGAGUGAAGAGAAAUUGAUAAUUCUAUUAGCGAAGUUGCAGGCCCUAGACCGGUAGCUCCGUCGCGGUGUCUCCUUUGAAGCCGACCAAUUAGCGAAGGACUGCGAACCGCCGAAGAUCUUAGAGUCGCGGAGAUUCACCAAUUAGUGUCCAGUGGAAUCUCCCAUACGAACGCGGUAGCUGAUGACUAAACCUUUUCAACGGAGAGUGCGCCGGAGAAAACCUGAAUCGAGUGUGCAAUAAUUGAAAUCUGAUUAGGCGUAUCAACCGCAAUUAGCCUCCCGCGAAGGAUUUCAAGUGUUCGGGAUUAGCGUCAGCCUAGAGUUUCGAGGACGUGCGGAUUAGAGAAGAUUGCAAGUGUUUGACUCGGUUAUGGUGUUGCCGACGGCCAAAUGAAUAGUGAGAAGUACUGGCGCAAUACGCGUUGAAGUGUCGUAAGUGAAAGCCGAGAAACACGGAAUUUCAAGUGACUUCGCAGAAGUGUCCAGACCUGCAUCAAGCCGGAUCCGAAAAAGAGCAACGAGGAGUCCGAGAGAGAAGAGCGGUCAAUUUCUGGAGUGAAGCGGUGCGCGUAAAACCGGUUCAAAAUUUACAACAUCGCACGGCUUGCCGAUCUAGAUCAGCCCGGUAGUCACCGACCAAUGGGCAUAUCGGAUGAGGGCAAGCUGCUAGGAGCGGAGGACAUACCCCAUGAGGCUCGGCCACCCCAGGGAAGUCCACUGGAGCGCGGCAGCAUCGGAACCGGGGGGUCCAGCACUCCCGGAAGCGGCGGCCACCACAUGAUGAACAGCCCCGGGGGAGCCGGGAUGGGAGGGGAUCCCAACAGUCCGAUGUCGGAUCAGCACAGCGACGACGGCAUAGACGAGUUUCAACCAAAGAGAAAACAACGCCGCUAUCGGACGACCUUUACGAGCUUCCAGCUGGAGGAACUGGAGAAGGCGUUCUCAAGGACUCACUAUCCAGAUGUGUUCACGAGGGAAGAGCUAGCAAUGAAAAUUGGACUGACAGAAGCGCGGAUACAGGUCUGGUUCCAAAACCGCCGAGCAAAGUGGCGAAAACAGGAAAAAGUCGGUCCCCAAGGGCACCCCUACAACCCGUACCUGGCAUCGGGCGGUCAAGUCCCGUCGGCAACCGUCGUCGCUCCAUCGCUACCGCCUAACCCGUUUACUCAUCUAGGAUUCAACCUGCGGAAACCCUUCGAUGCGGCCAGUUUAGCUGCCUUCCGCUAUCCUACGCUUGGGGGAGGCCACGUGCUCCCGUCCGCCUACUUCAACCAGUUCCACAGGUCCCUUCUUGAUUUUAGGACGCCCCCGCCGCCACUGCUUCCGCCCGGAGUCGGCGCCCUCUACACCCCGUCGGCAUCCUUUCAAACGCUUCUGGCCAACAUAUCGGCGGCACAGCGAGCUCCCCCGGUUAUGCCGUCCAAACCGUCCCCUCCCGGAGGUGUGCCCAGUUCCGAUUACCUCACCGCAGUGGGCCCCCCGCCCCCCGCUAGCCUUCCGACGCCGGCUUCCCCACCGGUGUCGCCCACCUCAGUGCCAGUUGUUCCUGCGUCAGGUGGGGCCGGAGUUUCGGUUCCGGCGCCCGGUUCCACGACGCCACCCCAGGAUCGACGCAGCUCUUCGAUAGCUGCCCUUCGGUUGAAGGCCCGGGAACAUGAGCUCCGACUGGAGAUGCUCCGUCAGAACGGACACAGUGAUAUCAUUAGCUAAGGAUGCCUCCUUGAAUCGGUACUCCACGCAGGACCACUACAGACUACAGUUAACCCCGCAUCGGCAUUAGAGCCCCGUACUUUUGAGUGAUCGUACUCCAUCGACACCUUUUUCCGCAGUGAGACGCGUUAGCCUUAGGACUUAAAGGUUUUGAAUAGGACCAGUGUUGCCAGGGUCAGCGGCGUUAAUUAAUUGAAUCCUCGAUCAUGUGAGGAGAGACGGUGGUUUUUCACAGUAAGAGCCCGCAGCGUUCGACUUUCGCUGCUACCUAAUUUGUGUGGCGUGCCCAAAGUUCGUUCCAGAAGCAGGUUAUCGUAGUCCGAGACACACAUGAAUGUGUUUGGUGUCAAUGGGUGUGUGUGCAGGGCUGGUAGCGAGUCACUUUUAGUGACUUGAUCUCUUUUUUAAAGCAGGUCACUGUAAUAUUUCCUUUUAAGACAUUUUAUUUCAUUUUUAUUCUUUUAUUUGAAUCAUUACAUUCAUGUCUUAUGUCUUAAUGUUCUGUUUUAGGCAGCACUAUCAAUUUAAUUUUUAUGUAAGACAUUUGAACUAGAGUCCCAAAAACCAUAGUACCAAAAUAUUGUUUCAAGGAGUUCAAGUGUAAUGAAGUUAAUUCCUCAGAGCACAUAAGGCCUUUCCAAAGUAUGGUUGAGGCCCAAUAAACUGCAUGGAUGAACCAUGUUUUUCUAACUGA